ACAUAGUGUGAUUAGGAGGCGAUCCUCCUCCCUCCCUUCCUUCCUUCCAGUACACAUCAUCUCUAUGACAGCAGCGGCAUCUGGUUGCUAAGCAGACCCCCCCAGCCCCUGCUUGGCCAUGUCAGGUUCCAGCACUCCCAAGUCCUUGCCAUCCUCCGGCCAGAAGGCUCUGCAUGACAUCAAACAUCCACUCAGCUGCUCUCCGGGGGCUGAAGAGGAAUCGGGGAACCUAGGGGUGCUUGUCAAUGACACCCCCAGCCCAGACUUACCCCACACUGAUCCCAGCAGCAUAGCAGAUAAGGACCUCAGUUUACCCAAUGGUACCCCAGCAGAUACUUCAAGUCCAGCAUCAUCAUCCUCACUUCUUAACAGGCUACAGCUAGAUGACGACAUGGAUGGAGAGACAAGGGACCUUUUUGUUACAGUUGAUGACCCAAAGAAGCAUGUGUGCACUAUGGAAACGUAUAUAACCUAUCGUAUUAUGACCAAGACAACACGAGCAGAGUUUGACUUCCCUGAGUAUUCUAUACGUCGGAGGUACCAAGAUUUUGAUUGGUUGAGGAAUAAACUUGAAGAAACCCAGCCCACUCACUUCAUUCCCCCUCUUCCAGAGAAAUUUGUAGUGAAAGGCGUAGUUGACCGUUUUUCUGAAGAAUUUGUAGAGACCAGAAGAAGAGCUUUGGACAAGUUUCUUAAGAGGAUUGCAGACCACCCAGUUCUCUCCUUCAACGAGCAUUUUCAUGUUUUUCUCACAUCUAAGGAUCUGAACAGUCACAAAAAACAGGGGGCCACUCUGCUUUCAAAGAUGGGAGAGUCUGUGCGAUAUGUAACAAGUGGAUACAAGCUCCGAAAUCGCCCUUUGGAAUUUUCAGCCAUAGGAGAGUAUUUGGACACCUUUGCAUUAAAACUUGGAACUAUUGACAGGAUAGCACAACGCAUUAUUAAAGAGGAAGUAGAAUAUCUAGUGGAGCUCCGGGAGUAUGGUCCAGUUUAUUCUACCUGGAGUGCCCUGGAAGGAGAGCUAAGCGAGCCACUAGAGGGAGUGUCUGCUUGUAUUGGGAACUGCAGCACAGCACUAGAAGAGCUGACGGAGGACAUGACCGAAGACUUCCUGCCAGUACUCAGAGAGUAUAUCCUUUACUCUGAAUCUAUGAAGAAUGUACUAAAAAAAAGGGAUCAAGUGCAAGCAGAAUAUGAGGCUAAACAGGACGCUGCAGCCUUGAAAAGAGAAGAAAGAAUUGGGAAAGUGCCAACUGAAGUGGAGAAGUGCCAGGACAAAGUAGAAUGCUUCAAUGCAGACUUGAAAGCGGACAUGGAUAGGUGGCAGAAUAACAAGAGACAAGAUUUUCGCCAGCUGCUCAUGGGAAUGGCUGACAAAAACGUUCAAUAUUAUGAAAAGUGCCUUACUGCAUGGGAGUCCAUUAUACCGCUGUUGCAAGACAAACCGGAGCCUAAAUGAAGACCGUCUGACGUUACAUUUGAACCUGUUGCACAAUUCUUCAUACAGUGUGGCCAACAGCCUGAAGGACCCUUCACUUGUGGUGUUACAAAGCAAAUAUACCAAACUUUAACUUUUCUUGACCCCCCCAUUCCCCUUUUCUAAGUUUUAUUAUGUGUGUUUACUGCUCUUCUAGAAAAUUCCUACAUGAAAAGCUGCUUUCACUGAGCUAAGAGGCCUGGACACAAUAUGAAACUCGCACCAACCACUUCAGUCUGGAGGAGCUUUUCACUUGCGUAACACUAAGCAGAAGAGGCUUUAUCUAUUACAACAGAGCCACUGAAGGCAUUAAAAGUCCCACAGCAAUGCAGCGUCUCAUUUUUUUUUUCGUCACGGAGUGUUUUCAGAAAAAUGUUUCUAUGGUGUUUACCUCUUUUUCUAUAUAUCUUUCAGAGGACCGACAUCAUUGAUAUUAUUAUUAUUAUUAUUUUUUUUUUUUUUUUUACAGUCCCGUUUGUACAGUUCCUUUUUGCCUUUUUACCAGGAGUUCCUGAUGUUCGCAUGAACUGUAUUGGUGGCAUGAAGUUCCCCUUCGACGUGCUUUAUUCUUUUCCCCAAAAUGUAAAGCUGUAAAAACUGCAACAUGUUGAUAUUUCAUCCCAUAGUGCCAGAUUAGAGCGGGAGAGUUCUGUUUACACUGGGGCCUUAUCUGAAACAGAUUAAAGGGAACAACUGGUCCAGAAGUUAUUUUUUUGUUAAUGGUUUUGAUUGUCCAUGCAAAAAAAACUAAAAAUUUAAAGUAAAUAUGUUUAUGACUUUUUUAAAUAAUAAAACA